GCGCGCGUUUUUUAAGUUUAUCUUGUUUACUUAUUUUUACUGUGAAAUAAUACCAUUAGUAUGCAUUUAGCUUGUCCUAUUUGUUCGGAUUUAUUUGUACCUUCGGCCGAAGUAGACAUAACACCAUGUGGCCACAUGUUUCACCACCUGUGCCUGCUGCAAUGGCUAGAACGCUCCAAAACCUGCCCCCAAUGCCGCAAUCGUUGCACCGAAGCAAGGCUGGUCAAAGUGUACUUCAACGUGACGACGAGCCUCGACACCACCGAGGACAAUGCUGCACUGUUGGAAAAGUUGGACAAUCUUACGCUGAAGGUACGCGAGCAGCAAAAACAGCUGAAAACGUUUGAGGACAAAGUGACGGAACAUAAGGGGGAGCAGAAAAAGAUGAGGAAAACAUUGCUGGGUCUGGAGGAGGAGUUGCGCACCAAGAACACGGCCCUGUUUGCGCUCAAGCACGAGACGGAUAUGUUGAGGGGCGAUCGGAAAAUGCUGGGCAAGGUGCAGGAAGAACUGGAGAGCGUGAAAACGAAGCUACAAUCGUACGCGGUGGUAAAGCAAGCGAUAGAAGCGACCGCACAAGAGGUGGAACAGAUGCUGACCAGCGAUAUGAGCCGCCAGGCGGUGAUUGCACUGGCCACCGCACUGAAACGUGAGCUACAGGCGCAAGAGAUCAAGCGGAAGGAGCAAUCUGACCGGCUGAAGCGUCUGCAGAACGAGCUUGUCGAGGAGCGGAGAAAGCGAAAAACGCUCGAAGACAACCUGUCCACGUGCGAUAGUGAAAUCUACCGGCUGGAGCAACUGCUGAAGCAGAAGGCAAAGGAAGCGUCCACCAACACGUCCACCGAGGAGAGCAUCGGUUCCCCGGACGGUUGCGUACCGAACACGCCCGAUCAGCGGCCAACCGUCAGCCGGAAGCGUCCGAUGCAGGAUCUCAACAGCAGCACGCCCUUGUCGGAGAAGGUGCGAAAAAUAGUCAACUCUAACUCACCGUACCUACGCGUCAAGACGAGCAGCAUCGGGCUGGCGCCACUCAUGCGCGGAGGCUUAAGUGCUAACCCCCAGUCCGCGGCCAGUGUCGCUGCGGAGCCGAAGCCAAAGCCAGGCGUAAGUCUGUCCUCCAAAUAUUCCAUCUUUUCCAAUCCCAGGCUAACAGCCACGGUGUCCGGGUUUACCACGAAGCCCACCGUCUCCCGGCCCGUACAAAACGAAAACCACAGCGAAAGGAAGGAGCAGGAAGAGGCUGAAAGCACAGAACCGCUGGCAGGACCACGCUACAAGCUGACUUCCGCCACCGUUACUGCCCGGCUGAAGUCGGGCAAGCUUACCAGACAUCCUUCCACGGUGAGCAGCAGCGUCAGGACGGGUGAUUUAAACGCAAUAUUCGAUCUAGAUGUAGAUGAUAUCAUAGAGGUUGCCAAAAGACGACUUUCUAAGCGUUUUUGCACGAUGGAGGACGAUUGGGAAGCACUGGCCGAACAGAAGGCCGAGCAGCUGUUUGCCAAGGCCGACGUGAACAAGUGGGCUGGCGAGGACGAGGACGAUGUAAAGGACAACUGGGAGGAUGACGACGAGGAGGAGGAGAAAAAGGAUGCACCCAAACAGGAAGAUACACCUACGAAAAAUGCCAAACCUAAGAAAGCUGCCCAACAGAAGAAACUCAAAAAAGAGGACUUGGAACGACUCCAGCGGGAGGAGGAAGAGUUUGCGAACAUGACGCCGGAACAGCAACUGGCCGAAAAGCGAAGGCUGCAGAAGCUGCAAGAAGAAAAUGACCUGAAAACGGCCAUGGAAACGCUAGGCAUCACGCCAAUGUCGACGGGCAACGGUAUCGAUGGAAUGCAUCCGACCACGAAGGAGGAGUUUACCGAACUGGCCGAAGCGAUAAGCAAAAAGCUGGCCAACUACCGUGCGAGUACGGAAUAUCAAGGCUUUUUGGAAGAGCUGUUGCUGAAGCUGUUUGCCAGUCUGUCGUCCAAUAACAUUCGGAAAGCUAAAACCACCCUAGACAACUUGUACUUGGAAAAGCAGAAGGUCGAGAAAGGUGACAAGCCAAAGAAGACCAAAGGCAUCAAGGUGAAAGCGAAGCUGCGUGUCGAGGGUGAAAAUACUACUUUGAACGAGUAUGAAACCAAGUACGAUGAUUACGACGAUUACGAUGAUUUUAUGUAACGGUCCAUGCUGGUGCACAUGUCGGUUGGAACCAACAGCAUCAAUGUCGUCCAUGUCGUCAUCGUCAGAAUCAAACAACCAUCGCCAUCAUCAUCGCCGCUUAGCCAGAACCAGCGGGAAAGGGAGCAGUGUCUUGCAAGUAGUUGAUCACCGUCUCGAGCAGAUUCGUGGUAUGGUGCUGGCCUGGCAUUACAGGAUAGGAGAAAUUUAAAAUGCACACACACACAUACACGCGCGCGCACACAUAUUCAAUAUUAUAAAGGAUAAUGUAGGAUGUAUAGAAGGACUAUUUACUUUAGCUCUGUGUGAGUGCGUGUGUGUGCGUGGGUAGGUGUUUGUGUGGGUAUGUAUCCUCAAUGUUAAUCGAUACACAGUUUUGUUACAUUUCAACUCGUUUUUGAUAACUACUACUACUACUCGAUACUACUACCUAGCAUGACAGUCUUAGAAAGUCGGAGUCAGAGCUCCGAACGCGAGGGAGGUGUAUAGGAUAGAGAAUGGGUGUGUGCGUGUGCACGCAUAAAAAGAGGAAGCAGGAAGUGUGCAUACCAACAUAACUGAUAACAGUCACCAGCUACCAGGAUUUAAACAAAAAAAUUCUUACCUUCACGUUUGGCAAUUACUCUGUAGUAGGUUCGUUCUAGAGAAGCGUAUAAAAAGGGUUCCCCCCCCCCCACCAACACACAUUCUUAGGACAUAUAUACCACAAUAAAUCUUCGAGAGCAAUGCAGAAAUCGAGAGACGACCAAUUGACUGUAAAUAAAACGGUGGAGAUUGCGAGCGGACAACA